UAGUACUUCAAUGGUCCUUAGGAAGGAGCACUGUGCAAACGCGGCGUAUCCGAAUCGCUAUAUAAGAUGAGCUUGUCUCGUCCACUUUUGGACCUCAAUGCACCGAAAGCCCUUCUUCCCUUCAUCAGACAAUAGCAAACAACAUGUCUCGCACGUUCGACAACAAUGCUCGGACUGCCCUGAACGAAAGUAUUUACAAUCAGGACAGUACGUUCAAGCUCAAGUAUUUUAAGCUUCAUGGCAUGGCUGCAACCGUACGCAUGAUCCUAGCGACGACGGGCGCCAAAUGGGAAUGUGUCUUUCCCGAGGACUGGGCAAACAAAGAAAAGAGCGAAACGCUCUUUGGAGUGCUUCCUGUGCUCUACGAGACCACAUCGUCAGGACAGACCAUCGAAGUCCCAGAAUCCGAAGUGAUCGAGCACUAUCUCUCCAAGAAGUUUGGUCUCUAUGGCAACGAUGACUUUGAUGAGAUCAAGGUCCGCACUUUCACAUCUUCGAUCCAAGCGAUCAUAACGUACUACUUUUUGAGGAUCGCCGUUGUGAGAGAUGCAGCCUACAAGGCUACGAUGACGGAGAGGUUCCUGACAGAGGCCUUGCCACCCUUUGUGUUGACGCAUGAGCGGCAUCUGCAUGCCAAUGGCUCCAAUGGGCAUUAUGUCAAUGACAAGCUGUCUCUGGCCGAUAUCAAGUUAGCACUGGCAGUGGAGAUGAUCGUGACGCUGACCGGAGACAGGUUUGUGUCAAAAGAAAAAACACCUGCAUUGUACACUGUUUGGGAGAAAGUGAAUGUGAUCCCAUCCUUAGCGGAGUGGAAGAAGACGGAGGCGUAUACCGUUGUUGCGGAGGGUAACCUGCGCAUUCUCGGGUUCUAAAGCCGCGCCUUUUGGACUUUACAGCUCCUCUCUUACUCUCUCAUCAUCCUUUGGAGUAGAAAAAUAAAC